AUGACUGCGACCCUCUUCUUCGUCGCCUGCGGCCUCUUCGUCUUACAGAACGUACAAGGAGUGCCCAGAACCGCUGCAUAUAAGUUUGUCAAGUGUCGGCCUGAUGGUGACCGUGCAAACUGUGUGGCUCACCAAAGUCCAGAGAUGGAGUGGACUCCUGAACUGCCAACCAAACUGCCUGCUUCAAGUGCACAGUACCUUGAUUCCCAGCCUGUGGAUGAAGAUGAGGAUACUGUGAGACUGAGGGAGGCAACUGAUGAUGGUUCUGGUUAUGAAGGCUCUGCUGGUCAGUUCCUGAUGGACACGUUUGAUGUGAAUACAGAAAGGGAGAUGGGGUCUGGCGAGCCCUGGACACCCAGAGACACGGAACAAUACAAAGUUGGACGAGAAUACUCAGAGGCCUUCAGGCGGUUCCUCGGUGGGUUUCAGCUGGACCAGGAGAAACCAGCCGAGAAGGAUCUGGAAGAAGACCACCUUCUGCAGUUGUAG